AUGAACUCCCAGGUAAAUAACCAAAAUGAUAACCAAGAGGUGUUCAAGGAAGACCAGUUCAGACCAGUUUUCUUUGAUAAGUCUGGCGGCGGUGGCCAAGCCACCACCACCAGUGGACCUACAGAAGAAAAACGGGUCAGACUAGAUGGCAGCAUCAGUAAAGACGAGAAUAUGUCUCCCACCACAAAGCAAAUCCCGGUGAUGAAUCCGUUGGGUCGAAAGCAAUCUCAUAGUUCGCAUAUGAAUGCGCUCGCUCGCACUCAUACCGUUCGUACCCACAAUCUUCUCGGACACUCCAACACAUCUAAACAGCAUGCACAUCCCCUUGGGCUUGGUAACAAGCGUAAGGCGCCCAAGUUCAUCCGCAAAUUCAGGUCGCGGUCGUUACCCAUCAUUAACUACUCGAAACCGGGACAUAUACAGCAUUUACAAAAUUUUCCUAAAAUCGCCCACACAUCGGUUCCUCCGUUGCCUCCCAUCAACUUGCAGAGCUUGAAGGAGAUCGACUUGCAUGAGAUAUUGAAAAACCCCCAGUUGAGGCACGAUAUUGUGUUUGACCCGCAGUUGCAGUUCAGACCGAACCUCGAUGGCGAGCGUGGCAAGAGAAAGAAGAGCAUUAUCGACAAGUAUUGGGGCGAAAUCGAAAAGGAGUGUAGCCAGUUCUUUGCGGCAUUACAGACCCAUAACAUGAUUAAAAUCUCCCGCUUGCCUAUAUUGUUCACUACUUUGAGGGAUAUCUUGUUGUCUUUGCUUCCAUACAAGGACAGGUCGUCUGUAAACGAAGUCAUGGACAUCGAGCUCUUGAUACAGCAGUUAUCCCAUGGGUCGUUCGAUUUUGUUGCGUUGUCCCAGUGGUUGGGUGAGGUGUUCAAAUCUCACUGCGCGCCCAUGAGGGACCAGUGGGUCGCUGACAUGAUCAACAAGUUUAGACUUGCUUUUACCGAUAACUCUGUCAAACACUUGGUGCAGGGCCUAAGAAUGAUCUUUCUGAUUUUGGAAGCAAUGAAGUUGGAUGUCGCCAACCACCAAAUAAGAAUCUUAAGACCUGUCCUCAUCGAAACGGCAGUCGACUUUGAAAAAGACUACUUCCACCAAUUAAUAUUAAACUCGAAAAUUGAUAUUUCUGAUCUGUUAAAGUGGUUCUAUAAGCUGUACCAUAAGAAGUGCGACAAGCUCGUCAAGCUUUUACCUAAUGAUGUAUCCGAAGAAGAGCAUAAGAAAUUUUUCCUUUCGUCCUCAAUCAUAGACUUAUUAUCAUGCCGCAACAUGGCCACAGAAUUCCCUUCUACCUUGGCAUUCGAUCACACAAGAUUGGUGUUGUUGAGAGCCGAUGUCAGACAGUUGGUUUGUGUUCAGUUGUGUAUUGUCUUGUACAAACAACUUCUCAUUAAUUAUCCACAAUCAUCCAGCUACAGAUCAGAAAGUUUCAAGCCUGUUAAUAUCAACAAAAUCCAAGAGGAACUCUUGGCCAUUGUCAGAGAUGAUAAUGGCAAUGUCAAAUGGACUAGAAAUAUUCAAUCUAUCGCAUUACAAUUGGUCAAGAAUGCUGUUACUAAUCCACUCACUGGCAAAACGGAUGAACUUCCACAAUCAAUGGUUACGUUUGCUAAUGGCUGGUUAAUAAAACAAAUUCAGCCAAUUUCUGAAGUCUACGGCUUAAUGGAGGAAAAAAUUUUCAAGGAUUUAUUCGUUGAAGUUAUUAACUCUUCAAAAGCUUCUGCUUCUUCAUCGUCCACAAUUACGAACAAGAACGUAUCUGAAAUGUCUAGUAUCGCCAGCAGAAUUUACACGUUAGUAAAGUUCCAUUGGAGUGUAUUCGGUAAUUACUAUUCUGAUUAUUUCAUCGAAAAUAAAUAA